UUACGCUUAGUGACAUCUUAUUAGAUAAUGGAACCAACGUUACCGUAAAUUUAGAAAGAAUUGUUGAUAAUAAGAAUAUUUCAAAAUAUCAACUAUAUAAUAAAAGUGUUAGUAACAACUCGGAACAUGACCAAAACAUGGAUAAAUUGAUUAAUGUUGUCUCUGAAAUGUUUAAUCAAUCAAAAAAUAGCAUGCAAGCCGAUGACAUUGAAAAU